AAUUAAGAUGUAUACAGGCACAAUCUCAGUAAUAUAUGGUCCAAUGGUAAAUAAAUAAAUAUAUAUGAGUUUUCUGGUAAAACAAGUGAAUUAAUGAGAUUGGUAAAAAGAUUUACAAUUUCUGAAAGAAAAUGUGUUGUGUUAAAUUAUGCAAAUGAUAAUAGAUACUCAGAAGAGUAAUGUAUUUCAAGUCAUGACAAGUAUGAUGAAUAUUAAAAUAAAGAUAAUUUUUGAAAGCCAUAAAAGUAUGUAAAUUGAAUGAAGCAUAUGAGAAGUGUAAGGAUAGUGAUGUAGUUGCAAUUGAUGAAGGUUAAUUCUUUUCAGAUGUAAAUAAGAUAAUAAAUAAUAUAGAUUGUUGAAUUUAGUGAGAAGAUGGCAAAUUAAGGAAAGAUUGUAAUAGUAGCAGCUCUUGAUGGAACAUUUGAUAGAAAACCUUUUCAUAAUAUUUUAAAUUUGAUUCCAUUAGCUGAACGAAUAACAAAAUUAACAGCAGUAUGUUGGUUUUGUAAAAGAGAGAAUGCUUCUUUUACUAAAAGAAUAGUAUAAUCUCAAGAAAGUAAAUUAAAAUAUUAAAAAAUUAGUUGAAUUAAUUGGUGGUGAAGAUUGUUAUAAACCUGCAUGUAGAGUAUGUUUUCAUCUUUCAGAGAAUUAAUAGAAAAUUAAAUCAAUUCCUGAAUUAUUGUUUGUAAAUUAAGAUAAUCAUGUUGGUUAAUAAAAUUUGAUUUGCUGAGCA